GGUGGAACGAUAGCAGAAUGCAGAUGUCCACCAGGAACCGCACAAUCUCCCAGAGACGCACUUUGCUAUCCGAUAUUCACAAGAGCGUCUUGUCCGAAGGGACAAUACUUUGCACCAGUUCCAGAAGCACCUGCUAAAACUAGGAGAAGACGGAAUAGCGACAUGUUCCUGCUCAAUAACAGGUGAACUAGGAAGAUACUAUUGGCCAGGAAGUGUUGGCGGAUGUUAUGAACAUUACACAAAAGGUCCAUGUACAGAACCAGGGGAAUUGUUCCUACCUGGUGGCGUAUGUGGUUGUCACGCUAAAUUACCUCAUUAUUAUGAAACAAGUGGAAUGUGUUAUCAAUUAGGAAGCAUUGGACCAUGUCCAAAAGGUCAUCAGUUUAUCGUUGAUACAACAGAUACCCAUCAAGAAGAAAAUAUGAUUCGUGCAAAGUGUAAAUGUAAAAACUAUCAUAUAUUGUAUCAAGAUGGAUUAUGUUAUAGACUCUAUACAAGUGGUCCUUGUGAAGAUGGUUACAUGAUAACAAAUACCUCAACUUGUGUCCCUAUACCUUGCAAAAGAAGACGAUUAUAUUUUCCAGAAGAAAAUACAUGUUAUAAAAUUGGCACUAAAGGUCCAUGUCCAAAUGGACAAGUCGUAUCAUAUGAUUACAAUGUACGACCGUCUAUUGAUGGGAUAAGUUACAACGGACUGUGUGGUUGUAUUAAUGAUUUAAAAAAUACUGACAAAUGUAUGGAAAAUGAUAACGAUAGUAGUUGUGAAAAUAUACCAGGCAUGGUGAUAAUAAAUAAAAAAUGUUAUAAACUAUAUACCCAAGGACCGUGUACAGCGGGAGAAUGGUUGGUUGCUCGUAGGAUUCCGAAAAACGAGUUGUGGGUAAAUGAAGAACCACAACCAAAGGCUAUAUGCGAAUGCCGUCCAGGUUAUAAAAGAGUUACAGAAAGUUUAGAAACGAGUGAAAUGAAAAGUAGUAAUGUAGUGUCAUUGGGUGAAUGUCAACCACCAACAGUAACAUUAGCAAGACUAUUGAAUGGUAACAUCAAAAUGAUGAAUUCUUAAGAAUUCAAAAUAUUCACUAUAACGUGAAACAAAUCUCAGGCUCAAAUUGUAAAAAAGAUAGUUUUAACAAUAUUUAACAAUGUAAAUAGUAUAAACCAUAAUAUGUGCAAUGCCUACUAUGUUAUUUAGUUUUAAGCUCUUGUAUAAUUAAUUUAUUAAAUAUCAGUGCAUACUUUAAA